GGAAUAAAUUUACUCUACUAGGCCAAAAAUCGAUUUGUGUAGAUACAAUCUCUGAGCUUUGGCACAGACAGCUCCUCUUCCACAGGCAGACAGAGACCUAAACUGAGCAUGUGCCAAGUGAGUGAUGGUACUCCAGCUUGCUUCUGAUUGGAGAAAUUCAAGGUGUUACAACCGUCCCGUGUUACAACUGUUCCCCGUCUCCUCUACUCUACAUGGAGUCAUAUUGUAACCCUAACAGGGAAAUACAUAUUCUCUCCAAAACCAACCCUACUUUUACAUCAUUUAAGAAAGGAAGCAAAUGAAUCACAGUGAGUUGGUUACAAUAUUUUAGGGUCAUGCACGGUUAAACAGGAUUAGUGAUAAUCCUGUUCCUUGUUCCGUUUUCAUAAUAAUACUAGUGGAAUGUACAUUAUUUAACAAUUCACAGUGACUAAUUAGCUUUUUUUUCCAGUUAAAAAAAUAGAAAUACAACUUCUUCCAAUUAAAAAUAUCGCUACAAAUUAACUACAUUUUCUUUUCAAACCACAAAGAUCAAGAGAAUGUGUGCUCUCCCUUUUCCAUGUGUUAUGCUUGACGGACAGGCUAAAUGUAGCUAAAAUGCAGUAUUAUUUAGAAAGAAGUUUGACCAAACCUGUGCUUGCAUGAAUAUUGUUGGUGCCCCCUGGUGUUAAGAAUGAAGUAGUGCAAUAUCUGUGGUUCUGUGGAAAUCGACGUCACUGAACGGCGACGACAUUCGUAUUUGGAGGCGCGCAAACUGUAACUGCUCUUUGACAUUCUUUGUAAACAGAUCGGGUUGUUGCUGCAGAUUGGUAUACACUGGCAUCCAUGCCUCUAGGAAUACAGUCCAAACUGAUCUAUUGAGCAUAUGUGAGAACAACGCAUUGUAAUUACAAAGUCAACACUUCGAAAUACACUGGACUCUGUUGUGACUAUAAGUACCUGUUGCUAGGAUGACACAAUCUGUUGUGGUACAGGUUGGUCAGUGUGGCAAUCAAGUUGGCUGUCGAUUUUGGGACCUCGCUUUAAGGGAACAUGCAAGUGUAAAUAAAAAAGGAAUCUAUGAUGACGCUCUAAGUAGUUUCUUCAGGAAUGUUGAUACCAGGAGAAGUGAUGGGGACAAUAAUGAUAUUUCUGGAGGAAAAAUAAGAUCCCUAAAAGCUAGGGCUGUUCUGAUUGACAUGGAGGAAGGUGUGGUGAAUGAAAUACUUCAAGGACCUCUGAGAGAUGUUUUUGACAGUAAGCAACUCAUUACCGAUGUAUCAGGCUCAGGCAACAACUGGGCAGUAGGACACAAAGUGUAUGGGUCCACAUACAGAGAGGAGAUUGUGGAGAAUCUGAGGAAGGCUGCAGAGCACUGUGACUGUCUGCAGUGUUUCUUUGUUAUUCACUCCAUGGGCGGAGGCACUGGCUCUGGUUUAGGUACUUUUGUUCUGAACGUGCUUGAAGAUGAGUUCCCAGAGGUUUGCAGGAUAGUCACUUCAGUUUACCCCUCUGCUGAGGACGAUGUCAUCACCUCUCCCUAUAACAGCGUUCUUGCCAUGCGGGAGCUAACAGAGCAUGCACACUGUGUACUACCAAUAGAAAACCAAUCCUUAGUUGAUAUCAUCAACAAAAUUAAGCACAUGUCCCAUUCUGGAAAGCUGGGAGCUGAAAUCAAACAGAGCAGCACUAUAAUUUCUGGUCAGGGUGGAGUCAAAGGCCAGGAGAAACCAUUCGAUGCAAUGAACAACAUAGUGGCAAACAUGUUACUCAAUUUAACCAGUUCUGCCAGGUUUGAGGGCUCCCUCAAUAUGGAUCUCAAUGAGAUUACUAUGAAUCUUGUUCCAUUUCCAAAACUUCACUACCUGGUUUCCAGUUUAACUCCACUCUACACACUGGCAGAUGUUAAUGUUCCUACAAGGAGGUUGGAUCAGAUGUUUUCUGAUGCUUUUAGUAAAGAUCACCAGCUGAUUCAUGCUGACCCAAAGCACAACCUGUACCUGGCCUGCGCUCUAAUAGUGCGAGGGGAUGUUCAAGUUUCUGAUCUCAGAAGGAACAUUGAAAGGUUGAAACCUUCUCUCCCAUUUGUGUCCUGGAACCAGGAAGGCUGGAAGACUGGUCUGUGUUCUGUGCCUCCAGUUGGACAUUCCCAUUCCCUGCUAGCUUUGGCAAACAAUACCUGUGUCAAGCCUACUUUUAUAGAACUGAAAGACAGAUUCAUGAAGCUCUACAAGAAAAAGGCCCACCUUCACCAUUACUUGCAUGUAGAUGGGAUGGAGCAGAGCUGUUUCACAGAAGCAGUGUCAUCCUUGUCCUCUCUCAUUGAGGAAUACAAUCAAGUGGAUGCAACAAAGGGUUUACUGAUGACAGAUGCACAAAGACUUAGUAUCGCUGUAUAAGGGUUCUUCUCUAAAAUAUUUAUUUUUGGUUCUUCAAAAGCAAUUUUUGUAUAAAUUAAUUGUUGUUCAGUAUAGGUUUCUAAUGACCCUGACAUUGACUUUCAGAGAAAUGUAAACAUCAGCUGACACUCUGACCAUGCAUAUUUUGUGUAAA